AUGAGGGAGAUCAUUAACCUUCAGGUUGGUUCGUGCGGAAACCAGAUUGGCGGAAAGUUCUGGGAGGUGAUAUCCGACGAGCACGGCAUCGACCCGAGCGGGUGCUACCAUGGCGACUCCGAUCUCCAACUGGAACGCAUCAACGUGUACUACAAUGAGGCGUCCGGUGGCAAGUAUGUGCCCCGUACCAUCCUCGUGGACCUCAAGCCUGCCACUAUGGACGCUGUGCGCUCAGGACCCUUCGGCUGUCUCUACAGACCCGAUAACUUCGUUUACGGACAGAAUGGUGCUGCGAAUAACUGGGCUCGCGGCCACUAUACUGAAGGUGUAGAGAUCCUCGAGUCCUGUCUCGACGUAGUGCGAAGAGAAGCGGAAGGCUGUGACUGUCUUCAAGGUUUUCAAGUAUCUCACUCGCUCGGGGGCGGCACUGGCUCUGGUUUGGGUACUCUCCUAAUCAACAGAAUACGCGAAGAGUAUCCCGACAGAAUCAUCCUGACGUUCUCUGUAUUUCCGAGCCCAAGAGUCUCGGACUGCGUAGUGGAGCCGUACAAUACGACACUGGCGGUGAACCAGUUGGUGGAGAACACCGACCACACGUUCUGCUUAGACAAUGAAGCGCUGUACGACAUUUGCUUCAGGACGCUGAAGCUCACGACACCCACGUACGGCGACUUGAACCACCUGAUAUGCGCCACCAUGUCCGGCAUCACGACGUGUUUACGCUUCCCUGGCCAGCUGAACGCAGACCUGAGGAAACUUGCCGUCAACAUGGUGCCAUUCCCAAGAUUACACUUCUAUACGCCUGGCUUCGCGCCGUUGACGUCACGGGGCGCGCAACAAUACAGAGCGCUUACAGUCCCCGAAUUAACUCUCCAAAUGUUUGAUGCCAAGAACAUGAUGGUUGCUUGUGACCCGAGACACGGGAGGUACCUGACCGUGGCCACGAUAUUCAGAGGACGUAUGUCCAUGAAGGAAGUAGAUGAACAGCUUGUGAACAUCCAGAACAAGAACAGCACAUAUUUCGUAGAGUGGAUACCAAACAACUGUAAGAUAGCAGUUUGUGAUAUUCCACCAAGAGGGCUGAAGAUGGCAUCCACUUUCAUUGGAAACACAACAGCUAUCCAGAGCAUAUUCAAGAGGAUAGCGGAACAGUUCGUGGCCAUGUUCAGGAGGAAAGCUUUCCUUCACUGGUACACCGGUGAAGGUAUGGACGAGAUGGAAUUCACAGAGGCGGAGAGCAACAUGAACGACCUGGUGUCUGAGUACCAGCAGUACCAGGACGCGACGGCAGAUGACGAGGGAGAGUUUGACGAAGAAGCAGAAGGCGAGGGUUUAGAAUAG